GCAAAUAAUUUAUGAAAAUAGUGUAAAUAGAGCAUAAAACAAAGGCUUUACUAAUAAAAAAACUGCUCUUUUAUUGAGCUAUUUUUCGACAAUUUGAAAGAUUUAAAAACAUCAGGCAUUGUAUUAAUGAUAUGGGUCCUUCGUUUCUUGGUUUUGAUUCCUUUCUUCUGGCUUUGUUUUCUUUUCGUCUGCGUUCUUCGGUCAAGCUCCCCUUUGACUUUAGCAGCUCUUAAAAUACGAGCAUCUAGAAUGAGUUUAGACUCUAAAGAGGCCACUUUCUCAAGCUUUUUGACAUUUCCGGUCAUAAACAAAGGCAAGGAAGUAAUAACCCUUCUAAAUUUACUCCAGAAAUCAGCAGCAAAAAAUUCGUACUGCAAUUGCUGUUCUCUAUGCAAAUGCACCUAACUGACAGUAACAUGUCUACAAUUGCUUAGUUCUCGGUAGCAAUGCUUUCACUGACUGCAUAAAGAACAGUUUGUUGUUGUCUUAACAUUUGGAAGAGGAGAAAAACUUGUUGGCGAGUUUGAGAAUUCAUUGACAAGUCAAUCUCUACAGAACAACAAUAUCUUUUUCAUUUCAUCAGUCCCAUGUCCACAAAAUCCACGGUCUAGAACUUGAUAUUUUUUUCAAACGUAUUUUUUU